CAGCGGGUACCCAUAUCUAUUCAUGCUAAUCAACAAGAAGACACAUGGUAAGAUCUCCAAAACAUGCCUCUCAGAAGCUAGCUUCUCCCAUCCAUCCGUCGUUGUAAUUGACUGGCCAUUUUCAUCACGAUAGUCCAUGGUAUCACCAACGUUCUGGGCCUCCGCCAGGAGUGCAUCAUAGCACCCGAGCUGAUCCAGGAUUCGGAGCCCAGCGGGCAUCAGACAUACGCCCGUGCCAACCUUUGCAACAGUCUCUGAAUGCGCCUCAAGCAGAAUACGAUCGAUGCUAUUGUUCUCUAGCACCAAUGCCACCGCCAGCGAUGAGAACUUUGCAUGGUCUGAGCGGGUGAGGUGCCAUUCUGAAUGACGGUGAUCAGGUAUCGGACAAUAAUUGAAGCAGGUAGGUAGGUAUGGGAGCGGCGGGCUUCAAGAAUACCGAAUUCGUAAGGCGUCCAACGCCGUUGUUCCAUCCCCUAUGCUUGCUGGGCAUCGUCGACUCAAAGGGAAAUUAGUGACGUGGGGGUUUAUGGCUGAUGCUGGUUAUAGACGAGUUCUUCACGAGUCACUAUACGCGCCUGUAUACUUAGUUAAGGCGACCAGCCUAGACGACAGCGACGUGACGGGUAGGUGUUAAAGAUAAUUUCCAAGAUAUGCUCCAGUUCAACGUGCCCCCUGUGACCGGGCACUCAGCAAACCGUGCGAAAAAUAUAAAAAGACGUGGUCCCAGAGGGGGUCGAACCCUCGACUUUGACGUUAUUAGCAUCACACUCUAACCAACUGAGUUAUGGGACCUUUGAAUGGAUUCAAUGGGGUCGUUUCCGUGUUUACAAAUGCGAUUGAAUUCAUCAACAAGAGAGCUUGGUAGGACUUGGCAGAUGCGCAGGUGGUGGGUGAUGAGGCUCAAAGCCCACCUGACUCACCUUCUCGUAUCCCGGAAUGUCCCGGGGUCGAUCCCGAGUAUAUACGAAGCGAUCCAUCCCUUGCAAACAUCCUCUCUGAAUCAGCACAUCAUCUUCGACCUUUUACUACCACGUCUAUGCCGCUCACACGAUGCAUAUCCACACACUGCCGUCUGACUGCCUACAGCCAUCUUCUUGAUCCCAUACCGACGGUCCAUGGCUUCAUAUCUUUCACUAGGUCUCAACAGUCAGCGAGAGGAUAUUACAGCCCUCGCCAACGAAUAAAACCAAUUGAAGAAAAAGCCUCAACAGCAUUUCACAAUACGCCUAAGAGUACCUUUAUCGGUCGCGAAAGGGAACUGAAGAAAAUAUGGGACUCACUCCGCCCGCAAGAGCCGCCUAAGCGCCGCGUGGCCGUCCUCCACGGUCCAGAUGGGCUGGGAAAGACGCGACUAGCCGCGCAAUUUGCGCAACUACAUAGCGAACAGUUUACUUCAGUAUGGUGGGUUGAUGGCUCAAGCAAGAAUACCAUGCUUGCGUCACUGGCCCAGCUCGCAUCGAGACUCCCGACAAGCGAGGUCCUUUCCUACCUAUCGCAGCCAAUGUCCGGAGGAGGCAUUCUCAAACGCCAGUCCUCCAUGGUAUCAGAUUACCUUCGGAGCAGUACGGACACUAGAUGGCUACUUGUUGUUGACGGACUCGCUGGCGAUAUGGCUAAACUGGACGACUUCGUUCCCGGGGGCGAUCAUGGUUCUGUACUUGUUACGACUACCUCGCUGCAGCCGCAAGUGCUCGAGGGUGAAUUCCAUACAGUGAAACCACUAAGCCCACAAGAAUCUCUGGCAUUGCUUACUCAUCUCACCUCAGAUGGAGCCGGCGAGGUACCGAGCAGUGAGAUCGAAGAACAGGCAAAGAUGAUGCUCACUCGCCACCUAGAAGGCCUUCCAUUCGCCCUCAUACUCGCUGCUGCAUAUGUCCAACACACCGGAUUGAGCACAUCAAGUUAUCUUAGCCUGUAUCUGGCGGCGCGUAGGGCAGCACCUGCAACGGAGGAGUGCCCUCUAACAACCGCCUGCAAACUGUCAUAUCAGGGAGUUAAAUUAUUGAAUCCGCUUGCCGCGAACGUACUGUUCUUCCUCUCAUGCUACAACCACACCAAUAUCGCAAGCAGCGUUUUGGACCAUGCGCAGCAUAUGCCAAGAAUUGAUGCACUUCUGCAGUCCAGCAAUCACGAAAUGCGUCAAGCGAUUAAAACCCUUCAAGACUUUUUACUUAUCACAGUCUAUUCCGAAGGUAAAUCAGAAUUCUACAACAUCCAUCCCAUGAUUCAAUCAUGGUGUCGCAGGAUCAUUUCGACAAACGAACAAAAACCACAGAAUAUACAAGCUACUGCUCUUCACUCACUUGGGAAGAUGGCCGCCGCCGCUACAAAUCCCCAGGAACCCGACCGUGACGCCAAGGAACAAUCCCUCCUACCUCACGCAGACGAAAUGCGCGGACUCCUCCAACACGCUUCCGCCAUACCAUCAAGUAUCACAACACUAGAAGCAAUCACGAACAUCGGCUCGCUAUAUCAAUCCCAAGGCCUUCUGUCUGAGGCAGAGGGCAUGUACCUCCACGCCCUAGACCACGCUGAUAAUAUGUACAGCCGAUGGCAUCCCACAACGCGACGAAUCUUACGCACAUUGCGGCGUAUACGCUUCCAGCGUGGAAGAAUGGGCUAUCUCAUUGCGCAGUAUUGGUGGGUAUCUGUGCUCUUUAGGACCUGGGAGCUCCUCGCGGGGAGUGUUUUGAUCAUCUUGAGUAUUGGGACCUGGUUGAUUCUGGCUCUCAUAAUAUUCUUUGCCUGGCUUGUUACUCGACUUGCGUGGAUGGAUGGACAGACUGACAGCGACCAAGGGGUGGAUUUGCAUGGGGAAAAGAGAGGAGAGGAACGCAGGAGUGUAUAAUAGUCGGGGUUUACAUUUCAGGGUAAUUCAUCGGCAAAAAAUUCGUUCCAGGAACUCUGCUAAUAACUGAGGGUGCCUUUAUUACCGCACGUGCUGGCGGAUCAAACAAUGUCCCAGGCAUCUAGAGUAACGCCCAAAUCAAGCAAUGGAAAACCAUUACAGAUGUUGUGCACGCCCGUGGUUAUAGAGUAAAUUAACUAC